AUGGCCACACAACGCCUCGCGACUUGGGCACAAGCUCUUACCUACCCGGAUCUCCCGCAUGAGGUCAGUCAUGCCGCCGUCCGCAGCUUUUACAACUGGGUCGGCUGUGCGAUCGGCGGCAGUCAACACGAAGCCACUACCAUCGCACGUAACUCUUUGUCGCCUUUUUUUGGAGCCCCUACAUCGAGCUUGCUGGGUCACCACGGCAUUCAAAUCGACGCCCAGCACGCUGCGCUCAUCAAUGGCAUAGCGUCCCAUGUCCACGACUAUGAUGAUACCCAUCUCGAUACAAUCAUCCAUCCCACCGGGCCCGUCGCAAGCGCCCUUCUUGCAGUUGCCGAAUGGAAAAAGGGAGUUUCCGGCGAAGACUUCAUCGUGGCUCUUGUAGCGGGAAUCGAAGCGGAGUGUAAGGUCGGGCUAACUGUUUGGCCAGAACACUACGACGUUGGCUGGCAUAUCACCUCCUCAGCAGGCAGCAUCGGUGCUGCCGUAGCUGUCUCCAAAAUCCUCCGCCUAUCAACCGUGCAAACCUCGCACGCCAUCGGGCUAGCGGCUACGCAGGUGAUUGGGCUCCGCGAGAUGUUUGGUUCGCACACCAAAUCCUUUCAUCCCGGUCGCGCGGCACAAUGUGGCCUGUUGGCUGCUGUAUUGGCUGAAAACGGCUACACCAGCAGCGAGAAGGCUCUGGAGGCCAACCGUGGCUGGGCCAACGUGGUUGGGGCGACCAAGGCAGAUGCAGCACAAAAUCUGGACCGAUGGUUGAGUGUGAAUGGCCCGGACGGCCUCGCCAGUACAGGAUCUCAAGUUGGCCGUUGGGAAAUCUUGCGGAACAGCUUCAAGCCUUUUCCUUGUGGCAUUGUCAUCCAUCCUAUUAUUGAUGCUUGUAUUCAGCUGCGUCGAGAGAUCGGAGAAGACAACGCCAACCCGCAGAGCAUAAAAUCAGUUACAGCAAAGGUGCACCCCUUGGUUCUGGAGCUUACCGGGAAGAAAACCCCAAAAGACGGCCUAGAAGGGAAAUUCAGCGUCUACCACAGUGGUGCGUGUGGCCUUCUAUUUGGCAAGGCUACACCAGCCGAGUAUGCAGACGGUGUGGUGCGUGAUCCCAAGGUGAUUGCACUUCGAGAUCUCAUUACGGCUGAGAUCCAUCCCACCUUGAUGCCAGAGCAAGCAACCGUUACUGUUGCGCUCAAGGAUGGGCGGACAUUCACCAAGGACAUCACAAAUGCCGUUGGAAGCCUCGAGGUGCCUUUGAGCGACGAAAUGUUAGAAACGAAGUUCAUUGGUCAGUGCAUGCCUGUGCUGGCGGGUCAAGUUCAUCGCGCUAGCGAGGCAUGCUGGGCUAUAGAGACAUCGGACGACAUCGCUGAUAUCGUUCAAUUCUUGAGACUUUGA